AUGAAUCGCCGAGAUUAUCUCAAGAAGAAAGCUAUUAAGACAAACUCAACUGCAUGCCACAAUGCUUAUAAAAGUCUUCGCAAUGAGAUUAACAAAAAAAUUAUGUAUGCAAAGCGAGAUUAUUACACAAACUGUGUUGACAGAAACAGAAAUAAUACAAAGCAAAUGUGGAAACAUAUUAAUCAGUUAGUUAAUAAAAAUUCUAGAUCAACAAAUAUAUCAGUACUACAAAUAGACAAACAGGUUAUUACUGAAAAUGAAACUAUAGCUGAUUUGUUCAAUGAAUAUUUUACUGAUAUAGGACCAAAUCUGUCGAACCAGAUCACAGAAACUAACACUGAUUUUAAACGUUAUAUGAAAUUUAAAACUCAACAUAAGUUCAAUUUCGAAAACAUUAAUAUCAAUGAAGUGUUAAAUGCACUGGAGAAAUUAAAGAUGUCUAAGUCAACUGGACAUGAUAAUAUCCCAGCCAAACUUUUGAAAGAUGUAAGUGAUGCCGUGGCGCCUUUUUUAGUAUUUAUUUUUAAUACUUCACUCAAACAUGGAAUUUUCCCUGAUGAUCUUAAGACUGCAAGAAUUUCUCCAAUUCAUAAAUCUGGUGACAAAAAAAUUGAGGCAAUUAUAGACCGAUUUCCAUUAUUUCAAUUAUUGCCAAGUUAUUUGAGAAACUUGUCUGUACACAGCUCAAUUCCUUUUUAA